AAACAGUGCCAUUCAAUCACCACUGUUCUUUCCGUAAUUGUCUCGAUUCAUUUCUCAAUUCUGUGAAAACUCUCUGACAUGUCCAGCAAGAGAAGAGCAUACCCACAGCCGCUGUACACCAACGGCCCCGGCUCUCAGCUCGGAACUCCUCCUGUAGCCGGAGGAUUCCAACAGCCAAACUAUGGUGUGGACCAGUUGAACCAACAGUUCCAGGGCAUGAAUGUAGACCCCAACCAGGCAGCCGUAGCAGGAGCUCCACAGGCUGCUGCUGGGAGCCCAUACGGCUAUAACCAGUACCAGCAGCCUGGUGCUAAUGCAAAUGCUGCUCACCAAUCUCGUGCUGGCAAUGCUGCUGGUGCCUCGUCGUACUACCUUCAACAGGGCAACAUUAAUGCGGCGCUACCAUUGAAUCAACUCUAUACGACAGAUUUGUCUCGUGAGUUGCCUCCUCCCAUUUCUGACUUGUCGUUGCCUCCUCCACCAAUCGUCUUACCAGCUGGAACAACUUUGAUUCCAAACUCAGAAACCGCCAAUGCACAACCAGAAUACUUCCGGUCGACGUUGAAUGUUAUCCCCACCAACUCGUCGCUCUUGAAAAAGUCGAAGUUGCCCUUGGCUCUCGUAGUGAAGCCGUACAACGCUUUGAAAGUUGAGCAGGAAGACGUUCCCGUGACCUCAGACACAACAAUCUCUAGAUGUCGCCGUUGUCGUGGGUAUAUCAACCCGUUUGUGACAUUGGCUGAAAACGGUAGAAGAUGGAGAUGUAACUUUUGUAAUUUGUUGAACGAUAUUCCUUCGCUGUUUGAAUACGACGAGAUCAGCGGCACCGUUAAGAAUAAGUUCGACAGAGUCGAGUUGAACAAUGCCGUCGUUGAGUUCAUUGCUCCCAAAGAAUACAUGGCCAGAGCUCCUCAACCGAUCGUUUACACCUUUAUCAUCGAUGUUUCUAUCAACGCUGUUCAGUCGGGUUUAACGGGAACCAUCACCAGAACUAUCUUGGAGUCGUUGGACAGAAUUCCUAACAAAACCAAGACAGCUAGAGUGGCUUUCAUCGGAGUUGACUCCAACUUGCACUACUUCAGAUUCAAUGAAGGCUUGGACGGCACUGAGGUGUUGAUUGUUUCCGACAUCGACGAGCCCUUCUUGCCCUCACCAGACGGGUUGUUGGUCAAUUUGGACGAAAACAGACAGGCAGUUGAAAAGCUAUUGAUUGAUUUCCCAAGCUACUUUGAAGACACCGCCAACCAGGGCUUUGCCUUGGGCCCUGCCUUGAAGUCGGGUCACAAAAUGAUCAGCCAUAUUGGAGGUAAAUUGGUCUGUUUCUCGGCUACUUUACCAAAUAUUGGUGAAGGUAAGUUGAGCGUUAGAGACGAAGCCAGCGUUUCAGGCAAGCCCAAAGAAGCAAAGACUUUGUUAUCUUCGGCAGACAGCUUCUACAAGUCGUUUGCUGUUAACUGUAACUCGUCGCAGAUCUCUGUGGAUUUGUUCUUGACCUCUUCUUCCUACCAGGAUGUAGCCACAUUAUCGAACUUGCCUCGUUUCACAGCCGGUCAAUCACACUUCUAUCCUGCGUGGACCAGUGCCAAGAACGAGGAUGUCACCAAACUUUCAAAGGAAGUCAGCGACCAUUUGUCCCAAGACAUAGCAUUGGAAGCUGUGUUGAGAGUCAGAGGAUCUACUGGUAUCAGAAUGUCGUCAUUCUACGGUAACUUUUUCAACAGAUCGUCGGACUUGUGUUCAUUCCCAACAUUCCCAAGAGAUCAGUCGUAUGUCAUUGAAAUGUCCAUCGAAGAAAACAUCAAUAAACCUGUGGUGUACUUCCAGGCCGCAGUCUUGCACUCGACUUCUUUCGGUGAAAGAAGAAUCAGAGUCAUGAACUUGGCUAUCCCCACGUCGUCCAAGUUGAACGACAUCUAUGCUUCUGCUGACCAGUUGGCUAUUACCAAUAUCUUUACACACAAAGCCAUCGAAACUGCAUUAUCAUCCUCUUUACCAGACGCCAGAGACUUCUUGGUCAACAAAGUGGUGGAUAUCUUGAACGUCUACAAGAAGGAGUUGGUAGCUGGUAACGUUUCCGGUGCUUCUCCUUUGCAGUUGUCCACAAACUUGAGAAUGUUGCCCAUCUUGCUCUUCUCUUUGACCAAGCACUUGGGUUUCAGAGCAGACAGAGUUCCUUCUGACCAUAGGGCUGCUGCAUUGAACAACUUGGGCUCCUUGCCAAUCCCAUAUUUGGUUAAGUACAUUUACCCAACUGUAUACGCUUUGCAUACCAUGCCUGAUGAGUGCGGCUUGCCAGAAAAGUUGAUCCAAGUCAACGAAGAAACUGGCGAAGAAGAGGAAGUCAUCUCAACCAACAUCAUGUUGCCCGAACCUAUAAACGACUCCAAGUCGUCAUGGGAAAACUACGGUUUGUACUUGAUUGACAACUCGAGUGAAUUGUUCUUGUGGGUAUCCGGUAACGUUGUGCCUGGUUUAGUACAAGACUUGUUUGGAACAGACAACUUGUAUGCUAUUCCAACAGGUAAGACUGAAUUGCCUGAAUUCAGUGAUGAGGAGUCCGAAUUUAACUUCAGAGUUCGUCAAAUCAUUGGCAAAAUUAGAGAAAACAACGACUCCAUUGUCUGGAAGAACUUGUAUGUCGUUGUUGGUGGAUCCUCCAACGAACCAAUCGAGAUUUCCCAGCAACGUGACUUGAUGGCUUUGAGAAUGUGGGCCUACAGCUGCUUGGUUGAAGAUAAGACCGGCAGCGAACCAUCAUACAGAGACUUCUUGACCAACUUAAAAACCAAGGUUUCCCAGUAGAUGAUAAAAGGACAUUGAUUUUGUUGUCUGCCAUGUCCAUCACGUAAAUUUAUUUCUACAUUAUAUAAAUUCAUUAAUGUAUUGUUUAUUGCAAUUGUCUUUUGGUUAAAUCACUCUAUCUAGCACCCUUGAUGAGAUCAAUAGCAUCAAGAAGAAAGUCUCUUUCAUUGUCGUUCUUGAACGUUUCUUCAAUGG